CAGCGCACUUGAGGACAACAUAACGAUGAUCAUGUUCGGAGUCGGAGUCGGUCGGUCGGACUGAGUAUCGUUUGGUGCGGAGACGUUAUCGUCCAAUAACGACACCGAAUCAGAUGGAAUAUGAAACAACUGCGUAUAUAAGAGAAGGCGCCAUCGUCUCGUUCUGUGACCUGUUUUCACGACCGCUCUGCGAGCUUGGUUAUAUGUGAUUCGUCACUCAUUUUUCCCUACUUGAAAUCUGCAGAAGAUAUCUAUGGAUGUUUAUGUCGUCCGGGAUGUUAUUGCCAUCUUCAAUUGCCUACAACUUUUGGGCUUGAUCCUUCUACUGGCAGUUCUGGUACCUGCCCUGUUUUCCGCUCAUAUCCACAGGAUGAGGACUUGGCAUGCGAUGGUCAUUUCCGGUAUUGUAUAUAACUUCGGUUACAUGCUUCUGAUGAUUCUCGGCCGGCAACUUGGACCAGCACCGUCCUUUGCACUUUGUCUUUUCCAAUCCUGUUUGAUCUAUUGCGCUCCGGUUUUACUCGUCUCUUUCUCUUUGGCAUUUGUGAUUGAGGUCUUCCUUGUUUUGACUGAUGCAAUUUAUGGUAUUCCACUGGCGUCAUCAACUCGUGUGCAUAAGUUGCUGCUGGCAGUUCCCUCGCUUAUCUAUAUGAUAGUUUUCUCCACGACACUCUUGAUUGGUCUUCAAGAACGCGAGACCGUCAAACGUGAUGAAUGGAGUCUAUAUUGUCAUUCAGCAGCCUCAUCUCCGACUCUUAUUACUGCUACCUUUGUCCUAAUCGAGGCAUCAACUAUGAUUAUUUUGCAAGUAUCCAUGGUAAUCAUCUUAUGGAAAAAUAAGAGAAGAUUGAAAUCAAACGGCGCCAAUGACAACCUCUCUCUAAUCUUCCCUCUAAGUCUCUUCUUCAGAUCCUUGAUGUUUGCCGUGUACAUUCUUCUUGGUAUUGGAAUCAGUGCUUCCAUCAUCCCUAGUCCAACCGGCAGUUCUCCCGUUUGGAAGAUGACUUUGACUACACCCCCCAUCGCAAUGGCACUCUCGUUUGGUACACAAAAAGAUACCAUAGCGUUCUAUUGGCGCUACAAGAGAGAUGAUUAUAGGGAGGGAAUAGGCUCGAACAAAUUGGUCUGACAUUCUUAUCAGAGACAUGUAGGAAUCUUUGCCGUAGUGGUGCUGUGAAUUUCUAUGGACUCAUAAUUACAUCAUUCCUUUAGCUAUGUUUACCUGUUCCUUUGGACUACUACGUAUGCGCCUUUUUUUGGCCUUUUCCACAACUUGAUCUAGGAUUUCUACCACCAUGUCGUGUCUUCGACUCUAUAUUCUUUGACAAUAU